AUGUCAUCGCCGAGUGCGGGCAAACGCCGGAUGGACACCGAUCUCAUCAGAUUAAUUGAGUCCAAACACGAGGUGUCGAUCAUGAGCGGUCUCAACGAGUUCAGCGUCAAGUUCUACGGGCCAAAAGGGACCGCUUACGAAAAGGGAGUGUGGCGUGUGCGGGUGGAAUUGCCCGAGAAAUACCCCUUUAAAUCCCCAUCGAUCGGUUUCCUCAACAAAAUUUUUCAUCCGAAUAUUGACGAGGCUUCGGGGACGGUGUGUCUCGAUGUCAUCAAUCAGGCUUGGACGGCUCUUUACGAUUUGACAAAUAUCUUCGAAUCAUUUCUCCCUCAACUGCUCACUUAUCCAAAUCCAACCGAUCCUCUCAAUGGAGACGCGGCCGCUCUCUACCUUCACAAGCCAGAAGAAUUUCGACGGAAAUGCACCGAAUAUGUUGAACGUUUCGCCUCAGAGGACUCACUUCGCGGUCCGAUAGAUGGCUCGGGACGGACACACGGCUAUCAGGAUGACUCGGAUUCGACGAUUUCCGACUUUUCUGAGGACGAGGCCGAUCAAAUGGAGUUG